AUUUUACUACAUAAAAAAAUUAACAAGAGAGAGGAAGAGAAAAAGUGCAAUGAAGGAUAAAGAAGUUAAAACAAGAAUGAAGAGAGGAUUUUGGAAACCUGAGGAGGACUUGAUAUUGAAGAAUUGUGUGGAGACUCAUGGAGAGGGAAACUGGGCUACCAUUUCUGAGAAGUCAGGCUUAAUGAGGAGUGGUAAGAGCUGCAGACUAAGGUGGAAAAAUUACCUGAGGCCAAACAUCAAGCGAGGAAUGAUGUCAGAAGAUGAAAAAGACCUCAUCAUUAGACUCCAUAAGCUUCUUGGCAACAGAUGGUCGCUAAUUGCUGGUAGGCUACCUGGAAGAACAGACAAUGAAGUUAAGAACUUCUGGAACACACAUUUGAACAACAAGAGAUCUUGUAGAGGCAAAAAGAAGCAUGUCAAGUCCAAGGAGGUGAAUACUCACAGCCCACAAGACAAAAUGCAAGAAUACCCCGCUGAGACAGUAAGCAACCAAGAAGUGGCCACCAAAACAGCAUUAGAUUCAUGGAUAGAAGAAAUGCAGGACUUUAACUGCAGCUUACUAUCACCUUUAUCGAUGAAUAACGUGCCAUUUCUUGAAGAUGAGCCUUUUAUUCCCAUAUUGGACGACAUUGUCUUGCUUGAAGCAUUCACAAGCACUGGCAAAGAAGCAUGGAAUGAGUUUCAACCAUCCCUCUAGAAAUUUGUGAUAAUGCUACUCUAUUGCAUCCUUCACAUAAGAGCACAAUUUCCACUAGUGCAACAAGAAGUUAACAACUCCCAUGCUAGCAGUUUCGGAUUUGAGCUUGUGCUUCAUCUGCUUGGAAAUGUGCAUGAGCUUAUUUGCGAAACCAAUUUAUGCAUGUAUGAAGAGGUCAGAAAUGAUAGAUCUCCCCUUUUCUAAGUAUCAGCUUCCUCUACUACUGCUAAUUCCAACUAAGUGAAAAAAAGUAAUGAACUAGAUAUCAACUAUUCCUGUUACAAAAGCUAGCUAUCUGGUUUUCAAUUCUUAUUGCAUUGGUGUAGCAACAAAACUGUGAAAACAGAAAUCAUUUUAA